CUGGCUUGAUAACUUUGAUUUGUUGGAGUGUGUGACACGAUGCGUAGUUGCGUAGCAUUUGUGAAGAGUGAAGAGUGAAGACACACGUUCUAUUUUGAAAGAGGAAAGUUUAGCUGAAGGCCUGAAGCAGAAGCAGAAGUAGCUAAGCAAAGCAAAGGAAGCAUGAGGAGAUGGUUGACUUUGUCAGCAGCGUUUUCUUUUAUCCUCUUUCUGUAUUUUCCGGAAGCUUCUUACGGUGUUUCACCUCCUAUCACGCUGCUCCGAAGCCGCAAGUUCGCUGAAGAACCUCCCAAGAUCCUCUCCAGUCAGGAACUCUGGUUCAAUCAAACCCUCGAUCACUACUCUCCCUAUGAUCACCGUCAGUUCCAGCAACGAUACUAUGAAUUCCUUGACUAUUUCAGGAUUCCUGAUGGACCUAUCUUUUUGAUAAUAUGCGGUGAAGGUCCCUGCGGUGGGAUUGUUAAUGAUUAUAUUGCUGUAUUGGCAAAGAAGUUUGGAGCUGCUAUGGUUACUCUUGAGCAUCGUUAUUACGGAAAGAGUUCUCCAUUUAAGUCUCUAGCUACGGAGAAUUUGAAAUAUCUCUCUUCCAAGCAGGCACUCAAUGAUUUGGCUGCUUUUCGUCAGUAUUAUCAGGAUUCCUUGAAUGUAAAGCUUAAUAGAACAAAAGUUGAAAGCUCCUGGUUCUUUUUUGGUGGCUCAUAUUCUGGUGCACUCAGUGCAUGGUUCCGUCUUAAGUACCCCCAUCUAACAUGCGGAAGUCUUGCAAGUUCUGCAGUUGUUCAAGCUGUAUUUGAUUUUACAGAAUUUGAUCAGCAAAUUGGUGAGUCUGCAGGUCCUGAAUGUAAAGCAGUAUUACAAGAAACUACUCAACUUAUUGAACAAAAACUUGCAAUCAAUGGAAGGUCACUGAAGGCAUCUUUUGGUGCUGCUGAUCUUGACAUUGAUGGAGACUUCAUGUAUUUUGUGGCUGAUGCUGCUGUUAUAGCGUUUCAAUAUGGAAAUCCGGAUAGACUAUGCAAGCCUCUAGUUGAAGCAAAGAAUGGAGGAGAAGAUUUAGUGGAUGCUUACGCCAAAUACGUAAAAGACUACUACGUUGAGACCUUCGGAACCAAUGUACAGAUUUAUGAUCAGGAGUUCUUGAAACGCACUGACGUUAAUGAUGACAGUUCUGCUCGAUUAUGGUGGUUUCAAGUCUGCACUGAAGUUGCAUACUUUCAGGUGGCUCCCUCAAAUGAUAGUGUCCGCUCCUCAAUAGUUGACACGAAAUAUCAUCUGGAUCUUUGCAAAAAUGUAUUUGGACAUGGUGUCUUUCCUGAAGUGGAUGCAACUAACUUAUACUAUGGUGGCACAAAAAUUGCUGGUUCAAAAAUAAUAUUUACAAAUGGCUCACAGGAUCCUUGGCGGCAUGCAUCCAAACAAACUUCAUCCCCUGAGGCUGACAUGCCUUCCUACCUCAUCACGUGUCACAAUUGUGGCCAUUGCACUGACAUGCGAGGUUGUCCACAGUCUCCUUUGGUCAUUGAAGGUAACGAGCAGAACUGCACCUCACCGGAUGCAGUUCGCAAAGUAAGGCAAAAGAUCGUCGAACACAUGGAUCUGUGGCUUUCUCAGUGCCAAGACACAGGAAGGAGUUUCUUUUAAUUGUUGAUUUGGUGCAUGCACGAUGUAUCAUAACUCAUAAGUUAAUCUGAGAGAAGUAAACUCCUACGAAAUAUGUUGCAUUUACU